UAUUGUGAAUUUAGGAAAGUUGUUUUAUAUAAGGAUCAGAUAUUUAGAAUUUUGGUGCACGAUUAGGCUUCUGGAGUUGGAUAAUAUUGGACGAGGAUAAUUACAACGAACCCACACAACAUCUAACUUGUGCAAAGGGCGAGUCUCACCUUUGUGGUGAAUUCGCUGACACCUUUAUUUUUUGACGGAACUGGAAGUGCACGAUUUCGAUUUGUAAGAUAGGCCUAUUUGUCAGUGAUGGAGUUACAAUUUCCUUUAUUCAUUAUCGUCCUUUUCACACCGACUUGGUGUAAAGUUGGCUUUGUGAAAGACAGUGGAAUGGAUACAAUAUUUCCGCCACCUUUUGGCGAACAUAGCUCGGAAUAUAUACCGCGGGGACACCUUCGACCUUUAGGCUUCCAAAGGAGGCCAGAACGCCGCAUCACCGAAUAUAAAGGCCUGCCCUCGAGCUUUGCCUUCUACCACGGCUACGUCAAAGAAGAACAAGCUAUCAUUUUCCACGAGGCAGUCCCCACGGAGAAAAUGGACAUUUGGACGGAUGAUUACCUCAAGCAAACGUACGGCGAUGUGAAAGUGAGAGUGACGAUCAAACGAGCCAUAUCAUCAGGACAGGAAUACAAGCUACUGAAGCUCAAGAAGUUCCUCAAGGAAUACAAGUUUGAAGACUGGUAUCUUUCAACUAUCAUUCCACAGGAGAUGCGCAAGGAUAUGCCCUUUCCGAAAGUUCUCCAGUGCGGUACUGUCAGUCAGUAUCUUCACGAGUCGCAGCUCUGGAUGUCAAGCGGAGGGACACUUUCUCUCCUCCAUUAUCACGGUGACCACCAGUUCCACUGUCUCCUUGCUGGCCGCAAAGAUUUCAUCUUCAUAGAUAAGAAGUUCGCCGCGGAUUUCGGAAUGGAAAAACCGGAUGACUUCACUGGCAGCAGUCACUCUGCUAUGAAUACAGAAAUGGUCAACAUGUACAAAUAUGAGAAGGCUGCCAUCGCACCGUGGGAGUGGGCAACACUGAGACCAGGGGACUGUGUCUUCGUUCCUGCCGGUAUGCUUCAUCACGUUCGGUCAUAUGGCCGCAGUAUCUCCUCUGUGAGCCACUGGACACCGACACUCACCGCCGACUUCACCGACUGUGACAAGGAGAAGAAUAAACCACAGGCAACCAGGACACUCGAUGAUGCUAACCUCAUUUGGACUUUCAUGGCUGGAAAGAGGCAACUAAGUAACGUGAAGUUGAACUCGGAAAGUCUUCGGCACCAUUUCUUCUCUCUGCUUCGCAAGAACGACCAGCUGCCCUAUGUUUACUUUGAAACAUUUUAUCUGACGGCACUCAAAGGGGUGAAAGAAAUAGAGCUGCCUGCGGAGGUCUGGAAGCUGAUCGAUACGAAAAAGGUCGGCCAUCUUACCAGAGACGAGCUGGCGAAAAUGCCCAAGGACACAUUGGAAAAGGUGGCCAAGGUCUUGAACAGGGCUCAUGAGGUGACGGACAAGUCACCAUUGCUUUCUCCUCGUGAUGAACUAUGAUGUAAGACUAGAGUAGGAUGGACGGCAGCAGAAAGAUACCUUUUCAGUUAGGCAUUUGGUGGGAUUCUUGUGAUGUUAAAAUAAACACAUAGAUUAAACCUUCUGUACACUACAGGGUGGCCCAGAAUUAUUUUCCCUUGCACAAUAGAAUUCUUUUGUGUAUCCAGUGUGUGAGGGAAAAUAAUUCUGUAGAUAGAGCGACCAAACAUGCAAACAUUACAUACCAUAAAGGCCUGUGUACACUAGUAAAAUAUUAGCAACAUUUUUACAACAUUUCCAGUUGCAACAAAUGUUGCAAAAAUGUUGCGUAGUGUGUACAGAGCAAAACGCGUCUUACAACAUGUUGUAAAAUUGUUGUAAAAUUGUUGCAAAUUAAAUGCAAUGCAAUUCUUUGUUGCAUAUUGUAAAAAUGUUGCAAAUUCUUCAGCCAAUCAGAAAUAGGAUUUGCAUCAUGUGAUCUACCUGUGGUCAUGUGACUUGAACAAGCAGCUGGUAUAGCAACUCUCAAGUGAGUGUCUUGCUUCGUAAUGGGUGGUGAAACCUUUUCAAGAAGUUUCAUCCAUUCGCAGGAAGUUUUUGUAUGAUGGCUUGUCAGUCAGCCGCAACUCCUUUAACAGGCAGUAAUAUGCCCCAUGAUCCACCCUCAUUUUGAUCCAGGGCCUGGUCCAUAUUCUCUUUGGUUUAUUUCGCCGCCUUUUCCGCCUCUCAACAAUGACAGCUAAAAUUGCUGCAGAAGCACUCAAAACACAUCUUCUCUCCUUGGAAUCAUCCAUUUUCCCCUCCAAAAUACCUAUUUCCCUUUGUUCCCACUAAAAAGUUUGCAACAAUUUACCAACAUAUUGUAAAAAUGUUGCUAAUUUGUUGGUAUUCUCUUGCUAGUGUACACAGGGCCUUGAAGGGCUUUUUGCUAAAUUGUUGUAAACAUGUUGGUAAAAUGUUGGUAAAAUGUUGCUAAUAUUUUACUAGUGUACACCCUGCUUUAGGCUACGAUUACGGAAAAGCGCUUUGAAGUGUUGCCCUCCGACAGCGGCAAUCGUAAUAAACCAAUUACAGCAGCAAUUGAUCAGGUGCUAAUAUUAUAAUAUUCAUCUUGUAUCCUUCAGCUGACUGUUAGCAUGAACCUCAGUCUGUGCUCCUCCGUCGUGCCACAUUAUGCAUCACUCAUGGUGUCAUUCUACAUGAGCCAUGUGUCCCACUUUAAGCGUUUGACAUGUUUGAUUCGAUUACCGACGUAUCGAGUGUUAUUAUUCAAGCAAACUGCUAAUCCAACACAAUAAUCAUGUACUUAACACGUGGCCAAAAGGUACUGUGAUCUCUUUACCAGCAAUAUUGUUAAACACGCAAUGACAAGUAGGUAAUUUAGCUCAUGAUUGCAAAACACUACUUGUAUAGUUACCGAUGUAAAGUCCUUCAUUGGCUAUUAUAUCGACUGUUAUAUAUUGAAUGGGUCUCCCGUAACCUUACCGUAAUGACUACCAACAUAGCCUUGGAAAUGUUGAAUCUUACAUACCUAAGUGCUCCACGAACGAGCGAGUUUUGUCGCUACAACCUACGAUGACGUUCACAUGCGACAAAAUUCGCAUCAAGACUCGAUGUUCGCUGCGACCUCCGAUCAACAUUGACCCAAGUGUAACCGGUUUUACCCGCAAAUCACCAGUCUUUGUUAUCGCUUAUCGCGACAUUUUCUACAGAAACUCCGCCAGGAGACUGGUAUCUUGAUCGAGUGGUGGCAAAACGUUGCCGAAUAUUCAAUAAACAAGUGAUGUACAUGUGUGCACAGCAUUUUACUCAAAUUGAAACGGCUUUACACCAACUGGCCAGACCAAUCAAUCAAUAAUUACCUCUCCGGAUAUAUUAAAGGGAGUCUAUAGGCAACAAUAGGUAACGCAAAUCACCAAUAUCCGAAUGAUUUAUAUCGAAAUUAUUUAAGCUUGCACCAGGAUUAUAUAUAUGCGCUGAAUUAAAACCAAACGAGUCGCUUGUCUGUACAUAUUAGUCGGGUGAAGACAACAACUGACGCUCUAUUCCCUACUAUGUCAAUACAUGGGAAUCGUGUUUAUUUGGCGAUAAAAAUGAAGGGCAUUUUCUCUUGCCAGUAUAAGGCAAAAAUUAUUUGUAUUACCAACCGUAAUAUCACCUAUUUAUUUUAACCAACGUACUUGAUAACUAGAGGUUACAUUUGUUAAUUUGUAUCUUGCUUGAGCCCACGUGUAUCUAAGUAAAUCAAUUCAUUAACUAACAAUAUUGUGUAAAAUAUUCUGCUUUCAAGUGUUUGCUUAUUUCAUUGACAAAUCCAAUGCACUGCUUCAUGACAUAAUGUAGAAACUUGUAACAUUGUGUAGAUUAGGACAGAGUAAAAAAGCGAGGGACAGCAAUGGUCU